CCCGACCUCGAAUUUGUUGCUGAGUAAAGACAAAGGAAUCCUGGAAGCACCUGCCGCCGUUACAUGCCACUAUGGGGAAUGGAUCUGUAAAGCCAAAACAGCUGAAGCAACCACAUGGAGCUGUGGUGAACCUCUCUGUUAGCAACAAUGGAAGCAAUCACUUCAAAGACCCAUGCUUUACUGCGAAUCCCAAAAGUACGGUAGAACUUCUUAAAACCAAAGUGGCUGAUCUAGAAAAAGAAAGCAAAAAAAAAGAUGAGGACAUCUGUGAAAAAAACUCGACAAUAAAGGAACUGCAAGAGCAACUGGCCAGGCAAACCAGAAUGAUCGCAGAGAUUACAGAGGAGCUACAGAGUAAGUGCAUCCAGCUGAACAAGCUUCAGGAUGUGAUGAAAAUGCAAGGUGGAGCAGGUCUCCACCCAUUGCCGCUCAAAGCAAAGUUUAACCAACAUGUCAGCAGCCUCUUCAAGGACACCCUGAACAGGAGAAAAGGAGCCAAAGCAGGAGUCUCAGCAGAGCCCACAUCAAGGACCUAUAACUCCAGCAGUCUGCCCAAGUUCUCCUUUGAUAAGGCCAGGGUUUGGAAGGAUUCAAGUGUGAAGAAGCUCAUUACAGAUGCCCUUAAUAAGAACCAGUUCCUGAAAAGACUUGAGAUGCAACAGAUAAAGGACAUGGUGGAAUGUAUGUACGAGAAGACCUAUCAGCGAGGAGACUAUGUCAUCAAGCAAGGGGAUCCUGGAAAUCAUCUGUAUGUUCUGGCAGAAGGGCAACUGGAUGUCUUUCAACACAACAAAAUGCUGACUACAAUAGAAGUUUGGACCACAUUUGGUGAACUGGCAAUACUGUAUAACUGUACCAGGACUGCUUCAGUAAGAGCGGUCAGCAAAGUGAAGACGUGGGCUUUGGACCGGGAAGUAUUUCAGAACAUCAUGAGGAUAAAUGCACAGACUCGACAAGAACAGUAUCGCAGCUUUCUCAGAAGUGUCUCCUUGCUGGCCAAUUUACCAGAAGAAAAAUUAAAUAAGAUAGUGGACUGCCUGGAAGUGGAAUAUUAUGACAAAGGGGAUUAUAUCAUCCGGGAGGGAGAAGAAGGAAGCACUUUCUACGUUAUUGCGAAAGGAAAGAUCAAGGUCACUCAGAGUAGUGAGGAGCACGAGGAACCCCAAACCAUAAAGAUCCUUCAGAAAGGGGACUAUUUUGGAGAGAAGGCCCUUAUAAGUGAUGAUGUCAGGUCGGCCAGCAUAAUUGCAGAUGAGAAUGACGUGGAAUGCCUCGUGAUUGACCGUGAGACCUUCAGUCAAACUGUUGGGACAUUCAGUGAACUUCAGAAGUACCUGCAAGGCUAUGUGGAAUGUAUACCAUGUGAUGGCAAGAAGAAACAUGCUAAGAGCUUAACCUCUACACAGCUGACCUCACCACUGCCUCUGGAGGUCGUUGAGCUAAAGGAGCGGGUAUCGGCUUUCUCGUCCAGCUCGCCCUUUGAGAGCCUUGAUGUCAUCACCACACUUGGAGUCGGGGGAUUCGGCAGGGUGGAGCUGGUGAGGGUGAAGAAUGAGGAUGUGACUUUUGCCCUGAAAUGCAUCAAGAAGCAGCACAUAGUUGAUACCAGUCAGGAGGAGCACAUCCACUCUGAGAAAAAGAUCCUGAUGGAAACCUGUUCCCCCUUUGUGGUCAAGUUGUACCGUACUUUCAAGGACAGGAAGUAUGUAUACAUGUUGCUGGAGGCAUGCCUUGGAGGAGAGAUCUGGAGUCUUCUCCGAGAUCAGGGCAGUUUUGAUGAGCACACUGCCAAGUUCUGUGUGGCCUGUGUGACGGAAGCCUUUGAUUACCUGCAUCGCAAUGGAGUUAUAUACAGAGACCUCAAGCCUGAAAACCUCCUGCUGGAUACAGAGGGUUACAUUAAACUGGUGGACUUUGGCUUUGCGAAGAAGAUUGGGCUUGGGCAGAAGACUUGGACAUUUUGUGGAACACCAGAAUAUGUGGCUCCUGAGAUCAUUCUCAACAAAGGUCAUGACUUCAGCGUGGAUUUCUGGUCCCUAGGCAUUCUGGUCUUUGAGCUUCUUACGGGCAAUCCUCCAUUUUCUGGGACAGAUCAUAUGAUGACAUACACAUUCAUCUUGAAAGGUAUCGAGAAGAUAGAAUUUCCCAAGAAAAUAACUAGACGGCCUGAGGAUCUGAUUCGGAAGCUGUGCAGACAAAAUCCGACAGAACGUCUGGGAAACCUGAAGAAUGGAAUCAUAGACAUCAAGAAGCAUCGGUGGUUUAAUGGAUUCAACUGGGAGGGACUAAAAGUCAGAAAGUUGCCAUCUCCUCUCAAAAGACAGGUGCUUGGCCCCUCAGACCACCGUUACUUUGACAGCUACCCGCCUGAUGAAGACGUUCCCUCAGAUGAGCUGUCUGGCUGGGAUGCAGACUUCUGAGAGCCUCUGUCGCUCGACGCUGUGCGAACAAAGAGAGAAUUUUUUUGCUGUCGUGCUGUUCUACUGGCACUUGUUAUGAGAGAGCUCAGUGUCCCCUCUGCAAUAUACAAAGGGGCACUUUAACUUGAGCUGGCCGAACAGUUAGGUGGACGGAAGUGUGUGUUACCCUGGUUUGGAUUCCAAGAGAAGGGCUUGAGAAUGAGUGCCACUUCUUCCUCCAGUCUGACACUGCACGAGUUAUCAUCGACUUUCCUCCAGAGCGAGUCCACUUUCCCUCUCUAAAUUAUGAACUGCGAGUGUCACGGAGAAUAGUGUGAAACCAGAGAUAAUAUUUACCGUAUGACCUAGGGGUAAACUUUGCGGCCAAGUGAACGGUACUUCCUCUAAAUGACAGAGGUGUAGAUGACGUAUGGGAUUUCAACGCUUUCCGACACAUUUGAAACAACCGUGGCUAUUUAACUGAUUCGUGACGUGUGGAAUCUCACUCAAGCAAUUAGUUGUGGUGCAUUUAUGUAAUUAAUACUGUAAAUAAUGUUUUGCAUUUUGCUUAUCUUUAUGUGUUAA